UAUUUAAACUUCAAAAAAUGGAGCAAGCUCGAAUGACUGUUCAUCAACUUCGACAAGAGGCAAAUAUUAAUCGCAAAAAAGUGUCAGAUGUUGCAAGAGAUCUAAUUGACUUUUGUGAAACCAAGAAAAAUGAAGAUCGCUUAAUUACUGGACCAAUAGGACCCAAUCCUUUUCAAGAAAAGAAAUCUUGUUCAUUGCUUUGA